CCUUAGCCAUGCCAGGCAGGAGCGGAGGUGGAACCAUGCUGAGUUCACCUCUGUGCUGCUCGGAUCUGGUUUCACACACCUGCGGGCUGGAGAUCCAGGCGCUUUCACAGUUUCCGAAAUAAACAGAAUGAUGAAGAAACCAGAAUCGGGCGUUAGAUGAUUAUGGCUUGAUGGGAUAUCUGUGCCAUGGGCACGACGCAGGAGGAGCAGACAAAGGAGAACGAUGGUGAUGGACCACAGCGGGACACGGCCAGCAUCGCAGACGUGUCCGUGGAGGUGGCCACCGUGGACCACACUCUCCAGAAGCUGCGCAGGAUGUACCGGCGGACCAGGCGGAAGCCCAAGGGACUCAAGAGGCUGGUGACCUACCUGCUGAACGUGCCGCACAUCACCGUUAUCAUCACAGCGGUGGUGUUUGUGGUGGUGGUCAUCAUAUGGUCGCUGCUCUGGGUCUUUGUCUUCCGCAGGGAAAGCUACAGCGGAGCGUAUUUUGCCGGGAUGCUGCGCGUCGCCAACAUGGAGUUCAUCCCGGAGUACCGCCAGGCAGAGUCCCACGAGUUCCUGUCCAUGGCCACCAAAGUUCAAGACGUGGUAGGUGUUGGGGGGGUUAACGGCUGGUGCUGAUGUGAGGGAGGGCGCCGCUGAUUGCUGGUGUCUCUCAGGUGAGCAGCGUGUA